AUGGGCGAAAACGUGACGCCAGGUACAGGAGUACCGCUUGGACCGGAAUCACCUCUCCCACCAGGUGGCUCGGUACCAACAUCACCAAUCCCCAUAGGAGAUCCCGGUGGUCCUGUCCCUGCGCCACCAAUUCCUGGUGGUUCAGUGCCAACAUCGCCAAUUAAACCCCCUAAACGUGCUGCUACCUCUACUCCACAAUCACCAAUGCCAGCCGUCCAGGACACCUAUGAAAAAAUGGGACCAACGCCAUCGAAAUUCACUGAGCCACCGCCUCCUCCAGAUAUAGCGUCUUUCUCGUCAUCGAGGUGGGUGAUUCGUACUUAA